CAUUUACUUCAAGUCAAAAUCCCAACAGUGUUCAAUUGUAAUUCCGAUUUCAACUCAACUACAUCUAUGUCUAGAUAAUAUUACGAGAAAAUCAAUAUUAUAUUUAAAAUGAUAAAAUUGACCAGAAAAGAUGUUAUAUCAAUGUUUAAAUUGCUUCGGGUUGAUGUUUUUCUAGUAUUAUUCAACAUUAGCUCGGUCAUUGUCCACUUGAGUUUAAACCAACUGGUUGAGGAUAAAAUUUGUCUCAAUGAACUAAAGCUUAACCAGUCUAUUUGUUUAAACAUUGAAAAUGUGGAUGAAUCAAGAGAAGCGGAUAAAAAUUACGUUUUAACCCGAGCAGCUUAUUACAAGAAUUAUCAGAGCCUAAUGAUAACUUUACCUGGAAUCUUUUUAAACCUUUUUGUCGGGUGCUGGCUCGACUCAUAUCCAGAACAUACUAAAUUCAUUUUGGCUGUUCCAACUUUAGGAAUCUUUAUGGAUGCAUUAUUAACCAUCAUCAACUGCCUUCAAUUCAAAGCUGAUUACAGAUUCAUUCUUAUAGCUGCUUUUUUCAGAGGAAUGGGUGGUGACAUCUCAAUCAUAUACGUUGGUGUUUAUGCAUAUGUUACCCGUAAAACAUUGGCCGAAUUUCGAGCUGUUAGGUUUGCUGUCCUCGAGUUUUUCUCUGCCAUUUCCUUUCCAAUAAGUAUUUAUCUAGGUGGGUUAACCCUCACAUCUAAACCUUGGAUUGCUGGUCAACCACGAAAUUACAUUGGAGUUUACAUUUUAUCCGGAGCUUUUAGCUUAUUAGCUGCUGUUUGGGCGCUGGUGUUAUUGAAUGAUUCAGGAGAAGCAGUUAAACAAGAGGAAGAUGAACAGAAUGGAGUGGGCAAAGAAAGCUAUAAAACUUCGAAAUUGGAAGCUAAGACGCCAAGUAAGCCGGGCAAAUGUUUGUGCAGUUUUAUUCAUGCAUUUUCAAAGAUUUUCAAAUACGAAAACCUGAAAGCCAUGAUGCAUACAUGUUUCAAAAAACGAGAAAAUGGUCUUCGAUGUCGUAUUUGGCACACCAUUGCGAUAGCAUUUUUCAUUCUUAGCGGUUACUUGAGUGAAGUUGCUAUUGGAUUUCCUUUCGCUCAAAAAGUUUAUCAUUGGAAUGCCAAAUAUUAUUCAAAAAUUUCACCCCUUUUUAUGUUAUUAACUUCAAUUAGCUCUUCAGUUGUCACACCAAUUUUAGUUAGUAAAUUUGCCAUAACUGAUACAAAAUUGAGCAUUAUCGGUUGCAUUUCGCUAAUAUCAUCAGCAGCUAUUAGAGGGUUCUGGUUAUCAUCAACUGGUUAUAUCGUUUCUCAUAGUGUUGGUGUGCUUUCUGGUCUCCAACUCAUUUCAAUGCGCUCUUUUCUUGCUCGAAUGAUAAAAUCAGAUGAAAUUGGCCAAAUUUAUUCUCUACUUGCUGCAAUCGAAGCUUUCUCUCCUUUACUGUGCAAUAUAUUUUUUACGACAGUUUUUAAUGCAACAAUCAGUUUUAAUCCCGGGAUAGCUUACCUGAUUUCAUCUGCAUCAAUGAUUUAUCCGCUAGUUGUAGAUAUAUGGUUGGACUGGACCAAAUCUUCUUGGUAUUAAUCUAUUUUAGCGUUUAACAAUCCUAGGUUAGAUAAUUUUGAUUAAUUAUUAUUGAUUAUUAUUCUAUUCUGUUAUGUAAUAUAAGAUGAGAUAAUUUUUCUUGAAAUGUAUUAAUGUUAUGGAAACAGUUUAUUUUAAUAAAUAAUAUAAACCUUUUAUUUAAAAA